AAAACGUGUCCAUAUUCCAUGUCGUGUGAACACGUUAACUCUAGAGUAGACCCUGUUGGUUGUUGCUAUAAAUAUAAUAUAAACCCCUUAGAAUUUAGAUAGAUUCCGCCGAAAGAAAUAGUCUUGCUAACUACAAAGACAGUGUUAACCAGAGACUGAAGGAAGCAGAAAAGAGUUAGAGCAUGAGGGUGUUUUCUAGGUUCAAAUUUCUGUCAAGAGCAGUGCACGAGGAACAAGAGGGUGAGCAUGAUGGGGGGGAGAAAAUCAAGUACCCUUUAACGGAGGGAAAUUUGUGUACGUCCUUAACAUUAACGGUUUGGAGAAAAUCCCUUGUGAUUAGUUGUAAAGGAUUCACGGUGAUAGAUCCAUAUGGAAACCUUGUGUAUCGGGUGGACAAUUACAUCGUGCACCCCAACGAAGUCAUUCUUAUGGACGCUUCAGGAAACUCUGUUCUCACCUUGCGCCGCUCCAGGAAGCUAGGAUUAGUAGAUAGCUGGUUUGUGUAUGAAGGGGAAAUGGGGAAGCAGAAGGUUAAAUCAAGAGAUAGUCCAGUUUGUUGUGUACGGAAGCGUGUGAAUAUUUUAGACGGCAAACCCAAGGUUCAGGCCUACGUGUACCGCGUGACCUCGGAUUCAGAUAAAAGACAUGCGGCGUUUACAAUAGAAGGUUCCUAUGCACAUAGGACAUGUAAAGUGUUGGAUGAGUACAAGAAAGCCGUAGCUGAAAUCAAGAGAAAGGAGGCCAAUACCAAAGACGUCUCUUUCGGGAUAGAGAUUUUUCAGUUAGUUGUUCACCCUGGGUUUGAUACUAGCUUUGCUAUGGCACUAGUUUUACUACUGGAUCAAAUGUUUUCAUAAUACUCUUCAUAUAGAGUAGUAACACAUUUCUAGUUUCUAUAUCACAAUGACACUGUAAAUCAGCUGGAGAGAUCUAUAUAAAAAGAAAAAGAAAACAAUUGAAACAGUCAA